AUGUUUCUACGAUCAACGAGGCCUAAGAACUAUUGGAAGUACGAAAUCAAUUUUUUACGGUCAAUUUUCUUCUAUUGUGACGGCCUCUUAAGUGUCUUGGAGGUUGGAUCAAGACCAGAGUACUUGCCAAAUGUCAUCAUGGCUGAAAAAAGACUAGUAUGUGUCUUUACAUUCUUCUUAAAUGAAUUACUCAUUGCUUUAAUUCCAGGUUGCUUAAGAAUUGAACCAUACCACCGAUGUUCAAACAUACCUGUUGAAACAAAUUCCAUACAAGAUUUGAACCAAAUAGAACUUGACAAGUAUUUAUCAUUGCCAAGUGUUAGUUUGCAUUGUAAUCCUUUAAAAUGGUGGAAAUUAUUCCAUUCAGAAUUUCCAACAUUGGCAAAAUUAGCUACGAAGUACUUGUGUAUACAAGGCACAAGUGUACUAAGUGAACGAAUUUUUAGUUGUGCUGGUAAUGUCAUUACUGAUCAUCGAUCCUCAUUGUCUCCAGAACAUGCUGAAGAGUUAAUUUUUUUGUCUAUGAAUGCCAAGUAUGUUUCUAAGUGA